AGUUGGGUCCACACCACAUGCCUACCCGCAAACCUGACAAAGACUAAGGUGAACGCACGGAGUUUGGCUUUUUGGCUGGGAUGUUGGGACCUGCCGGCCCGGGCUGGCUAAAAGCUGACUACUGAUCGGAGGUCCUGCAGCAUGAUGGCAGUAUGCAGUUUACAGCUACUUUUUGGAGUUGGGAUUCUUUUCGGGACUGUUUUGCAAGUUCAUUGUAAUGAAGAGACCCAACUGAUCAGAAACCUUUUCGCAAGCUAUAACAAGAAUAUCCGUCCUGUGGUUCACCCUGAGGACAAAGUGGAAGUUCAGAUCAAGUUGACCCUCACCAACCUUAUCUCUCUGAAUGAAAAAGAAGAGACUCUUACAACCAACGUCUGGAUAGAAAUACAAUGGGUUGAUUAUCGUCUAGCAUGGAAUAAAUCCGAUUACCAUGGCAUUGAUAUCAUCCGGGUCCCCUGCAAAACCGUGUGGCUCCCUGAUAUUGUCCUCGAAAACAACAUUGAUGGCAAGUUUGACGUGGCUUACUACGCGAAUGUAUUGAUUUCCGACAAUGGUGGAAUAUAUUGGCUUCCCCCUGCUAUCUAUCGUAGCACGUGUGCCAUAGAGAUCACCUAUUUCCCUUUUGAUUAUCAAAACUGCACACUAGCGUUCAGAUCACAGACAUACAGUGCCAAUGAAGUGGACCUUACUUUAGCUAUUGGAGAUAAAGACAAGAUAAUCGAAUGGGUGGACAUUGACCCUGAGGCUUUCACUGAAAAUGGCGAGUGGGCCAUUGUCCAUCGACCAGCCAGGAAGAUGAUAGACCAGCGAUACACUCCCGAUGAUCUGGAGUAUCAGGAGAUCAGUUUCAACCUGGUCAUUCAGAGAAAGCCCCUUUUCUACGUGAUCAACAUCAUUCUGCCCUGCUCCCUAAUCUCUUCCUUGGUGGUAUUGGCAUACUUCCUACCAGCACAAGCUGGAGGACAAAAGCUCACAGUAUCCAUCUCAGUCUUGCUGGCCCAGACUGUUUUCCUCUUUCUUAUUGCUCAGAAAAUCCCAGAGACUUCACUCUCUGUGCCCCUCAUUGGCAAGUACAUCAUCUUUGUUAUGUGUGUCACCACGCUCAUUGCUACCAAUCAAAUUGUGGUGUUGAACUUCUCCCUGCGCAGCCCCAGCACUCACACCAUGUCCUAUCAGAUCAAACAUCUGUUCCUGGAGACGGUUCCCCGUUUCCUAGGUAUGUCGCCUCUCCUGGACGACACCGAGGUGACCUCAGAGGUGAACGGCGUAAGAGAUCGGAGGAGAGAUUCCUUCGGCCUCAUGCAGCGAGCUGAGGAGUAUGUGCUCAAACAGCCUCGCAGUGAGAUGAUGUUUGACAAGCAAAAAGAGAAACAUGGGCUGAUGCAACCCAAUGUUGAUGGCGUCGAUGCCAAUACUACAGCCAAUCUGUAUAAGAGUUUAGCUCAAGCUGCACCUGAGAUAAAGCAAUGCGUGGAUGCCUGCAAUUUCAUUGCAGAGUCUACAAGACAACAAAAUAACAUUGGAUCGGAAAUUGAAAGCUGGGUGCUGAUUGGGAAGAUGAUUGACAAGGUGUGUUUCUGGGCCGCCAUUCUCCUCUUCAUCAUCGGCACAGUGGGGAUUUUCCUCACAGGACACUUCAACAAGGCGCCCGAAUUUCCAUUUCCUGGAGAAAACAACAAAUACGCCCCAGAAUGAAAAUCAAGAAAAAAGGAGAAAGGUUUGAAUUUACCUCACACUGUGUGUGAGGAUAACUGUAGUGAUGGGUUGAAUUUACUGUGUGCUGCAUCAGAGUUGUAAGUAUCACAUCUCUUCACAGCACAGGUCCUGAUUGUUCAGGCAGAUUUGCAACUUUCAUCUAGGUGUAAAUUACUUAAAGAUACGCAUCAAUUCAUUGGUUCUGUCUUUUUUCUCCCGUAUGAAUUACAUCAAUUCAUACUUAUUAUUGUAUAAGGUGGAGCUUGGUGGAAAGCAAAAGUAUUUAUUUAGACAAAAUGUUUUUUUUUUUGUAGACUGUAUUAUAAAGUUGCCCUGUUUGUGUGGGCCUUUAGCAGAUUUUUAUGUUGGAAAUUUAUUUGGUAAAGUGUAUUUUUUUUUCCCUUUGCAGUACUAUGUCUUAUUUGAAGAAUAUGGGGUGGAAAUUGAGCCAGCCAAUUCAUUAAAGCCUUAUUGUUCUUAUGAUUAAUUAUUUAUCAGUUUGCCUUGUUGGAGGUAGACUCUGGGUGGGCUGAUG